CACUAACUGACACUUCCUGUAGCACCGCCUCAAACAAAACAAGCAACUUUCCAUACAACCUAGAGAGAAGGCCGCUGUGUAGAUAAUCUACUGCAGCGGAUAUAUAAAACACUUUUAUACCAACUACGCGUCUAUAAUCGAGGAAUUGUGUGUUUAAAUACAAAUACUGAAGCUGUGAGCUGGUAUUAACAGCUAUUAUGGCGUCCAGCUACAGCGCGAAAGAGGAAGACGGUCAUCACUCCGGAUCCGCGGGGCUCGGCGGAGCCGCCAUUCGGACCAGAAAGCCCGACAACACCGCCUUCAAACAGCAGCGGUUACCGGCCUGGCAGCCGAUCCUGACCGCGGGGACCGUGUUGCCCGCAUUCUUCGUCAUCGGCCUCAUCUUCAUUCCCAUAGGAAUCGGCCUCUACGUGACGUCCAACAACAUCAAAGAGAUAGAGAUUGAUUAUACCGGGACUGACAUGUCCAGUCCGUGUUUUAACUGCUCUCAAAGCUUCAGCUGGAACAGCACGACUCCAUGCAAAUGUGUCCUGUCCUUCUCUCUAGACCAGCCUUUCGAGAGUAAUGUCUUCAUGUACUAUGGCCUCUCAAAUUUCUACCAAAACCAUCGGCGGUAUGUGAAGUCCAGAGAUGACAGCCAACUUAAUGGAGACGAACGAUCACUUAAGGAACCAAGUAAAGAAUGUGAGCCGUACCGUGUUAAUGUAAAGCCGAUAGCCCCGUGUGGAGCCAUUGCUAACAGCAUGUUUAAUGACACAUUGGACUUGUUUUACCUUGAUCCCAAUGGAACAAAAACCCAAAUUCCACUUAUCAAAAAAGGGAUCGCAUGGUGGACGGACAAACACGUGAAGUUCAGAAACCCUCCUGGCAGUAAUCUUACUGCUGUUUUUAUAGAUACAGCCAAGCCGGUCAACUGGCACAAGCCUGUUUAUGAGCUGGACACUGACCCAGACAACAACGGCUUCAUAAAUGAGGAUUUCAUUGUAUGGAUGCGCACGGCUGCCCUCCCCACCUUCAGAAAGCUCUACCGCAUCAUUCAGAAGAAGAACAACCAGACACCCACACUGCCCAGAGGCAACUACACCCUUGAAGUCACCUACAACUACCCCGUCCGCAGCUUCGAGGGCCGGAAGCGUAUGAUCCUCAGCACCAUCUCCUGGAUGGGAGGGAAAAACCCCUUCUUGGGCAUCGCCUACAUAACGGUGGGCUCCAUCUGCUUCUUCCUCGGUGUGGUGCUCCUUUUCAUUCAUCACAAAUACGGAAACCGCAACAACAGCUCUGAUAUUCCCAGUUAAGCUCGUGGAGUGUACGCGCUCUGUCAGGCACACAGGGUUUGUGUCUGUGCGUAUGAAUAGCAUGGCAGCGAUUCGAGUAUAAAUUUGUAAACUGUGCAAGACAGCAUUUGACCACUCGAUGUUCAGCUUAUUUAUUUCUCAAGAUAAAGAUGUUGUGUCCACUUCAAAGUUUUAUUUUUUAAUUUUUAUUCUUUCUGAUGAUGCUUCAUUUCAAGCAUGAUUUGACCUGUGAUAUGCACGUCUGUUUAAGGCUGAGGAUAUUUAUUUAUGAUUGAUAUUUACGGUAGCUUGUUUCCACCACGGAAUAAAAAAUGAAAACGUGAUUGCGACUUUAUCUCACAAUUCUGACUUUUUUCCUCAGAGUUAGAGAUAUAAACAAGGGAAAAAAGUCAGAAUUGUGAGAUAAAAAGUCGUGGUGGAAACAAGCUUCCAUACAUAUUCCAAGAUAUAUCCAAUACAGAGUCAUAGUUGUAUAAACUAAAUGAAUGUAUAUUUGUAUUUCAUAGAAAUGUUUUUUACUUUUAGCCAAAAGUGAUGUUUAAACAGGGCAAUAUAAUAUGACUACUUCAUUUUUAAGUUUAAUAUAAAAAGAGUAAUUUCACUUUUCCUCUGAGGUUUGUAAAAGCAAAUACUGAAGCUGUGUUUCCUUCCAAACUCCUUAGUAGUGCCAGAUUAUGAUGGGGAUCAAACACAAAUAUAUCUAAUUUUUGAGGACUGUUACUUUCUUUUUGUUUUCUGGAGAUGCUUGUGCUCUUUGCUGUGUGUACUUCAUGGCUUGCAAGGACCAAAUGUUUAGUUCUGUGUCUAUUUAAUUGAAACAGUCUUGGGCUCAUUUUGGCUGUCAUGUCUUUUUUAAGUGUUAUGUUUUAAGCAUGUCUGCCUCUAACAAAUAAGCACUUUAGAAUGUGACAAGCCAUAUGUUUUUGGCCAGGUUUUAGGAGAGUGUCUUUUGUUGUUGGGCGAAUAAAAUGUCUAAUUACUGAA